CGCUGUCCGUCGGAUGUUAGCAGCUGUGUGACGUCCAACUGUUCAAACCUUCAACAGGCUUUUUUCAAAACUCGACACUGCACGGUGCGCGCAUGCGUGGAGCUGUGACGUGUCCACCGAGUGUCUGUCAAACAGGGAUGUGAAAUCACCCGAAACUCUGUGGAUUAACUUUGUUGAUGCCGACCCGUCGUGUUUCGUCGUGGAAUUGAACGAUGUCCGGAGAAACGAACCGGGACUAGAAAUCUGCACCGCUGCGAGGAAAGUGACUUUUAAAGCGCGGAGUGAUACUGGCGGUGAAGUUUAUCUGAGUCUGUACAAUAGCACGGUCACCGACCGAGGCCAGCAGUGACAUGGAGCCACUGUGUUAGCCACCGAGUCCGGCCUCACUGCUCCGUCCACCGUCCACUAACAGAGGAACAGUGCACCAGCGGCGGCGGCGGCGGCGGCAGCAGCCUGGUACCAGUGACCCGGUACCAUGUCUCGGAGGAGACUGGACAGCCGGAGCGGACUGCCGGCUGGACUGCUCAGCGACAUCCAGACUCCAAUCAGCACGGAGCCGCUGGAAAGUGUGUAUGAAAUCACCGGAGAGCUAGGCAGGGGGAAGUUUGCUGUGGUCAAACGCUGUGUGGAGAAGAGCUCAGGAAAAGUCUUUGCUGCUAAGUUUUUACGUAAAAGAAGAAGAGGUCGCGACUGUCGCUCAGAGGUCAUUCAUGAAAUGGCCGUCCUGGAGAUGAGCCACAACAACAACCGCGUGGUCAACCUGCACGCUGCCCACGAAACGGACCACGACAUCGUCCUAAUCCUGGAAUAUGCUGCGGGCGGAGAGAUUUUCGACCACUGUGUUUCUGACGAGCUGCUGCCAGAGGCUCAGAUCACCCGUCUGAUCAGACAGACCCUGGAGGGGGUCCACAACCUGCACCAAAGUAACCUGGUCCACCUGGACCUCAAGCCUCAGAACAUCCUCCUCACCGGCCUCUCUCCUCUAGGAGACAUCAAGAUCGUAGACUUCGGUCUGGCUCGGAGACUGGGGGCCGUGGGAGAACUCAGGGAGAUCUUGGGCACACCUGAAUAUGUGGCUCCUGAGGUCCUGAACUAUGAACCCAUCACUACAGCCACCGACCUGUGGAGUGUGGGGGUCAUCGCCUACAUGCUGGUGACGGGUGAGUCCCCUUUUGUCGGGGACGAUAAGCAGGAGACGUAUCUGAACGUGUCUCAGGUCAACGUGGACUACAGCAGGGAGAACUUCUCCAUGGUGUCAGAGCUGGCCGUGGACUUCAUCCGCAAACUGCUGGUCAAAGCCCCCGAAGACCGGCCCAGUGCAGCAGAGUGCAUGAGUCACCCGUGGCUGUGGCAGCUGUGUUUGAGCCCCGACCUCACGGCCCCCACCCGCCCGGUCCGGGAGAGGAGCUGUGGUAUAAAGUGGGCAGCACCCCCGGAGGAUCCAGAAGACAAGGAGAACUUCCUGGAGUCACCGCACUCCCACGCAAAGAGGUUUCGCUUUGAUGAGGAAAGCUCUACCCGGGGGGAAGGAGACUGUUAAAAAAGGGAGCGGGGGGGGGUGGGGCCGCGGCCGGGGGGGCAGAGGUAGAACAGGGCAGGUCUCCACCUCAGUUUUUAAAGUUUUUUUUUUUUUUUAAUCUUCACCAAACUACCAGCAACAGAACCUGUGUUUAUAAAGGACCAGUCAAACCAAAGAUGACCAGCAGGGGUCACCUGUGUGUCUGUUAAAGCAGGGUCUCUGACCUGGAGGAUUUUAAUGAAGGCCAUUCAUCAGUAAAUACAGGGAAAUCUAUGCAAAGCUGUAGAGCGGCAUCAUGGGAAAUAAAACCUGGUCCACAUGGACUGCACAGGUUUUGGUCCACAUGGACUGCACAGGUUUUGGUCCACAUGGACUGCACAUGUUUUGGUCCACAUGUCUGUGGUGUGGGUGUGUGUACAGGUUUAGGUCUGUGUUUUGUUCCCUUCACUCAUUCUCACUUUUUUCUCUAAUUCAUUUAUAAUCGUGACUGAGCAGACGUUUUAGGCAGAGGCUCAAGUUUUUGCCGCAACCCAGCGCCCUCUCAUGCUCACCGCUGGGAUAGGCUCUAGCACCCCUCCCCAAACCAAACCAUCCUCGUUGUUUCAUGUUAGCUGAAAGUGUGUGAGCAAACACUCAGGAACAUAGGUGUGUGUGUGUGUCACGCAUGAUGAUUACUUCAACACAGCUACAGCCUCGUAGUUAACCAUGGUGUUUGGUUAUAGCUGUGAUGUAAUAGGUGCUGUCAGUGAUGUCAUCAUCAGUCGACUCAGUGAUGUCAUCGUCGUACUGUACUGAUCUGAGCUCCGACCUGUUUGGACUCACUGACAAAAGGCCAGUGACUCAUCACAGAACACACCUGCCCCCGAGUCAAACCAUCCGCCCCGCCCCGCCCCACCCCCCCUUCACCCCUUAGCUCACAGUUCCUCUUUCUUCAACACGACCAGAGGAACGUGACUCAAACACUUCACUUUCACCAGGACUUGUUGUGAAACUUGUUUCUGCUUUUUCUCUUUGCCCCUGCAGACUCUUUGAUCUGUGUACAGAUGAAAGUCUUUUAGAAGAAUGUGUGUGUGUGUGUGUGUGUGUGUGUUAUGGGCUAGAUCUGUGUUUUUCUGUGAUUACCAGUGACCCAGUGUUGCCAAAGUUGCUGGUACGAACCAGACUUCGUGUUGCCGUCUGUGGACUUCCUGUUAGUGUUAACGCUGUGUUAGAAAUGAGAAAAUGAUUUUUUUAAGGUGCCUUCAAACGACCUGAUAUUUAAUUCCUAUAAAUGAACCAGCACACAUUUAUACAAGUUUUAAUU